AUGUUAUUUGUCACUCACAUUCGCCUACUUUCAUCGUCUCAAUCGUCAGAAACAACGAAUUGUAAUGUAUUGACUUAUAAGAGCGACAAGAAUUUGCACAAUGUCACUCUAAUAGGGAUGACGGGUGAAAACGAAAAUGCUUAUUGUGACCACCUCAAUCUUUCAUCGUUCUGUGUGCCAGAUAAAGUUAACGAGGUAAAAAAAAACAAGGGCGGAAGAGGCAAAGGAAAUGCGUGGACCUUUGUUCGGACUAAUAUGGUAUAG